GCGCCGCCCGUCUCGGCCGGAGGGCUAGUAGGGUAGCCCUGUCCCCACCGCGAUAGGGCUGAGUAGGCAGGCAGUUGCCUUGGUGGUUCCUCCUCCUCCUCCUCCUCGGUGGAAAAGGGUUGUUGCUACCUGAGCCCCAGAGCAUAACCCAACUCCUCCCUCUUCCUAGCCUUCUCUGGCGCGAUUGAGCCCUUAGAAAACAGGCACGUCAUCCGACUCGUAACUGAACGCCUGAGCAGCCUUUGUGGAAGCGUCCUGCAUUUGAUGUCAGCUGGUUGUAGCGGCGGGGGACAUCUGUGGUGGUCGUUUCAUACACGCAAGCCAUUUAUGUAGCCGCUGGCGGACAAAACGCGAUUAAGGUAACUUUUGUGGACUCAGCAAAACCAUAAGCCAAGAUGCUUGGCAGAAGACCCAGGAAAAGCCCCCAGGUGAAAGGUCAGGCAGCUGCUGCUGCAAAACAGCUGGGACUUUUCGUAGAGUUCAAUCCUGAAGAGAUGAUGCUGGAUCUGGAGGAUGAAGGGGACCUAGAAGCAGAACUAGCUGCUAUAACUGGAGAAAACUUGCCUGCUGGGAAAACAAAACCUAAAGGAAAAACUCCCCUGCCUAUGGAUCAUAUUGCAAAGAUGGCCGCUGAGUGCAUGAAGGACUUGGAUGAAGAUGAUGAUGAAGGUCUGGAAGAAGAUACCGAACUUUUGGCAGAGUUGCAGGAAGUCCUGGGAGAGGAAGACGGAGGAGGAAACAGUGAAUGUGAGACGGAAACAAUAGAAGAGUCUUCUGUAGCUGCAGAGGAGCCCAGUGAUCUACCAACACAGAUGGCGCCUGCUGUUUCCAGUGGACUGCAACAAACAAUAGAAGAAAGGAUAGUGAACUAUAAGGCAGCUAUACUCAACGCAAAGGAAGCCGGCGAGAGUUCCAAAGUGCGACGGUAUGAACGGGGCCUGAAGGCAUUGGAAACCAUGCUGACUGCAGUGAAGAAAGGGAAAAAAGUGAACGAGGAAGAAAUGCCACCACCUGUAGCAUCCGGGAAGAGCUCUGUCACAACUCCACAAGCCGUGCCUUUGAAUGACUUGCCUAAAAACUCAGGCAGCCAAGAUGAAAUAACUGUUCCUGAAGGGGAGGAAAAGGAAGGCUCUACUACAGCCCAUGAAUUAAAGAACCCCAGCGAUCUGGAGCUAUCUGUGAGCACACCUGAUCUCCAGAGCCAGGAUGCAGAUUCGGGUGGUCUGGGAACAGGUGCCACUUCUGAAAACAAUUCCUCAGACCUUGGCACACGAGCACUGCUUGUGACAAGAGAGAAGGAGUACAAACUAGCAGCACUCAAAGCUAAACAGAAAGGCAAUCUUGAGAAGGCAAAAGAGUACAUGAGGACUGGGAAGAAGUUCAGCCUGGUUCUGGAAGCACUGGACAGUGGGCAGCCAGUAGACCUCAGAGAUAUGCCUCCAGCACCACAGGACCUUGAAAGUCCAGAAAUGAUACAGCUUCCCUCAAAACAGGCACCAUCCGUAGCUGUGGAAACCACCCUUCCUGUGACCGCACCAGACAGUCAAGGUCCCUUGCCUCAGCCAAAAACAGUGAUGGAGGCUUUGCAGCAGAGGCUGGAGAAAUACAAAGCCGCAGCCGCUCAAGCCAAAGCAAGUGGAGAUGAUCGGAAGAGCAGGAUGCACGAGAGGAUAGCCAAGCAAUACCAAGAUGCCAUAAGAGCCCAUAAAGCAGGAAGGAAAGUGAAUUUUGGUGAACUACCAGUUCCCCCUGGUUUUCCUCCAAUUCCUGGACUGGCUCCUGCAGACGACAAUACAGUUGCUGCUGUCCUUGAAAAUGCUAACAGGCUGGUUAAGAUGGAGGAAGAAGAGAAUAAAGAAGAGGAGGAGGAAGACGAGGGUGAGCCUUCCACACAGGCUCCAGCUCCCAAGAAGCCCGCUCAGCUGCCUAAGAAGCCAGUGCAAGUUGUUCAGCCUAUAACUGUGCCAUCUGCUGUAAUCCCGGAAGAAACCUCUCCAGAGAAAGAUAUUUCGCAACCCACCCCUGUAGCAGCUCCAGAAAAAUCUGCAUCCACUGAGCACAUCUCUCCAGUUGCUUUAGAGCACCUUGAAUUCCUGGAGAGUAGAAGGAAACAGUACUUAAAGGCUGCAGUCCAGGCAAAGAAGAGAAAUGAUCUGGAACAAGCCAAGGCAUUCCUAAGAACAGCCAAGAGCUUGGAGCCAAAGAUCGAGCGGGCAAAAAAUGGCAAGCUGGUUGACAUUUCCAAGCUGCCAUCACCACCUACAGAUGAUGAAGGUGACUUCAUUAUCAUACAUCAUGAAGAUCUCAGACUCUCUCAGAAAGCAGAAGAGGUGUACGUUCAGCUCAUCAAGCUAUUGAGAGACCAGCAUGAGAAAUGUUUGCAGUAUUCGAAGCAAUUCACACAUCUGGGAAAUGUAUCUGAAACUUCCCGGUUUGAGAAGCUGGCUCAGAUUUGUAAAAAAGAUCUGGACAUCUUACAGCUUGCACAGGCCCAGGGGCUGGAUCCCCCAAGCCACCACUUUGAAGAGAGAACCUUUAAAAUUGUAAGAAUAUUUUCUGAACUCAGUAGCACAGAAAUGCAUCUUAUCAUUGUCCGAGGAAUAAAUCUACCAGCUCCACCAGGUGUGGCACCCAAUGAUUUGGACGCAUUUGUGAAAUUUGAAUUCCAUUACCCGAAUACAGAGCAAGCUCAGAAAAGUAAAACAUCAGUGAUAAAAAAUACCAACUGCCCAGAAUACGAUCAGCUGUUCAAGCUCAACAUUAACCGAAAUCACAGGGGUUUCCGAAGAGCGAUUCAGGCUAAAGGAAUUAAAUUUGAAAUCUUCCACAAAGGGUCCUUUUUCAGAAGUGACAAGCAAGUAGGGACAGCACACUUGAAACUGGACAAACUGGAAUUUGAAUGUGAAAUCAGAGAAAUUAUUGAGGUUUUGGAUGGCAGGAAGCCUACUGGAGGGAAACUAGAAGUAAAAGUGAGACUCAGGGAGCCACUAAGUGGGCAGGAUCUUCAAACAAUUACAGAAAACUGGCUAGUCCUUGAACAUUAGUUCCACCUAAGAUACAGAAAUGCUAAAAGCUGCAGAAUGGACUUUAUACAUAGAGCUUCUGCAAGCACCAAAGAUGUUCAACGAAUGCACUACUGAACAUAACAUCUUUAUUUUCAUAACUAUCAUAUAGUAUGAGUUGGUAAGCUUUGUAAGUCUACUACUGGGAAAGAAGGUGCUGAUCCACAAAGAUAGACCUACCUUAAACCUUGCUGAAAGUAGCAAUGUUGGUACUACGUGACUGUUACCCGUCUGCUGUCUUAUGCAAAGGGCAUGUUUGCAGGGGAGGGCAAAAAAGUUUGUUUUUAAUGGCUGACAAUAUACUAAGAUGGGCUGCAGCAGUGGAAGUUUAUCAUGUACACUUGCAAAUAAGAUUGUGUUUCCUAGUCCUGGAAUAAAUUCUAUUCUUGCACACAGCAUUAGGUUAAGCAUAUUACUGUUAACAGCAGCAUGAAUAUGCAUUUGACAUUGCCUGCAAUGAUUUUUUUUAAACUAUCAUUGCAUUUCCCUAACUUUCUCUGUAUGUUUACCCAUAACCUUGAUCUAAAGCAACAGUAUCAUGAGCCUUUUGAAUAGGGCCCAUACCAUAUGGAGAUUGCUAGUAGCUGAUUUCCUCAAUCUGCCCAUGUUCUUGUGUUCUUUUUCAGUGGAGAGAAAGAAUUAAACAUUUUACUGCUUAAGGAUUUUGAGAAGCACAGCAUUUGGGUGUAAGUUGAAACAGUAAUUUGACAAAAGAGAGUGUUGCCUGUUUUCUAGAAUGUUAAACCUAGGUUAAACCUGAAUAUAGAACUAAGUCUGUCAACCAGGCAGAGUUUGUUUAUCUUAAGUGGAUAGAGACAAUACAAUAUUCAGUUUUUAAUUUUAAUAAAUUUAAUAUACAAAACUACAUGUUGAAAAUAAAAAUAUAAUAUGCAGUCUUUUGCAGUGUAACUGAAUUUUAAAAGUACAUUUUUCUCUUUAAACAAGUACUCAUUUCUUAACAAUAUGGUAAAUUUUAAGGUCAUUUUAAAGGCUAUGGUUGAAGCAAACCAGUCAGUCAAUAGCAUUUUGCACAAACAUAACCCAAACAAAUGAUUUUCUGCAGGGGAGGAAAGGAGGAAGGAAAAGUCAGUAUUUCCCCCUCUAUCGAUAACUUUAAUAGCAAAACAAAGUUAUUGAAAAAGCUACUUCUGUGGUGAAAUUGGAAUGCCAUCUCUUGAAGUAGGAAUCUACUGCAGCCAUGUAAAAUCUAAAUAGAGUUGAGUUUCUGUCUGUAAAAUUGAACGUUGUCACAGAAGGAAGUAAAAUUUAAAAGCAACUUUUUAUAUGCAAGGAAAAGAAAGAGCAGGAAAUGUAAGGCCCUUCUUCUGCAAAGGAGCCUCUUUAUGCCCACCCUGUCUCCCAGGGGAGACUAUUGAGCACCUGAGUUCUUUUCAGGUUCAGCAUGGGCUAAGAAUUUAACUGUCUUCAUAGCAUAUGGCCCACCAUUAAUAAAUUCAGUAGAAGUGUUUGUAUUCAGGUGGGGUUAACUUCUCCAGCCAUUUAAUUUGGGGUCUAGUUCUAAUGCCUUCUCUUCCUUAUGUUCUAGUUGCAGUUUACAUAGGUUGUACUAGGAGGGCUUUUUAUGUUAUUACUAAUCUUAGGCAAGAAUAGCACCUUGCUCAACUAUGAUUUCCUACCCACAGAGGAAAGUUAACUAUUACAGCUCUCACUGCUAUAUGUUUGCUUUUAAAAAAAAUAUAUUGGCAGGCUUGGAGCAACUGCUGUCCCCUCCUUACCCUUGAAUGCUCACCAUUUUGCCCAUGCUGCUCCAAUUUUAGAUUGCUCUUUAAAAGGCCAGACUCUCUCUGUCCUCCUUACCCAUGGGGGGUGGCCAGCCUUGAAUGACAGCAGCCUGUGUCUUGUCGAAGCUUACGUUUGCUUUCUCUCUUAUGUGGACACAGCUCUUUCCACAGGGUUAUCAGUUGCUCAGGGAUGGAAAUCAGAUUUAAUAGGAACGUGCUCGUGUUCUUUUGCUUACUCUCAUUGCCGGCUUUGUAUGCUGCAGUGAGAGGGCUCAAGCCAUUCUUCUCAUAAGUGCCAUCUUAGGUGAGACAAGAGUGCAAACUUCCCAGCCUGAAGUGAAAGCAAAACAUGCAAUAGCAGCCAAACUAUUAAGAGUUUUCACAGGCUAGCUUUACCGAGUGCUGCUACUAUAAAGUGUUAGAUAAGUGCAGGCUUAAUGAUGGGAGAAGGGCACACCAAAUGGGAAAAUUAAAAGUUACCUUAAAAAAAAAAGCAGGGCCAACUACAAAAAGAACAAAUUCCAUGGUAACUUUUUUUUUAAAAGCCUAACAAUUCUCACGCCUGUGACAGGCUCUUUUCAGAUUCAGAUAAAAUGAAACACAACUUACGAGGGCAGAUUUUUGCCAUGUUAUCAGGCUUAGGGAACAGUUUUAUCACAAAUAAAGAAAAAUUAAAGUUAAACUAUCCUAUUUAUACACACAAAACUGCAAGCUUAAUUUACAUACAGCUUCUAGAAAGAUUCUGCUUUGCUUGGGACAGAUGUAGAAGGUACCCUCAGUCAUGCUGCUUUCUUUCUCUGUACAUCUCUAUAGAAUAUUCUGACAUGUCUUGGAGGUACUUCAACCAAUAAUCUGGUCAAGAUAAUGUAAACGAUAAUUUCAAUGUCUAGAGAAAUUAACCAUAAGCGGCAGUAUAGUGAGGUCAGAAUGGAGGUCUUCAUAAUAAGUUCAUCUACAAACAUCAGAAAUGUUUACAUUUCCUUUCCUUUUAUUUACUCCCCAGUGAUCUCUGCACCCGUUUGAGAAUUGAAUACAUGACUGCAAUUGUCUUAAAACAUGACCAUUGUUUGUUUCUAAUCCGUAACAGAAGUGUAUUAGCUGCAAAGAUAGCAUAACCAUUUUGUAGUAUAGAAGCUGCCCUGAUCCUGUUUGUUGACAAAUGCAUAGACGAUUCAGAAUUAUGGAACAACUGUUCUCAAUCACGCACCCACCCCCCUCAUAAUAGUGUUAACAAAAGCUUAAUUUUUCCAGUUUUAAAGUGCAAAUGAUUCAGAUACAGCUGCUGCUGGAACAGGUCUGAACAGAAAAUGAAGUCCUUAUGAGAUGUUUUCCAGAAUAUAAAAAAUAAGCUCCAUUAUGACUGGGCCCUCACUCAGCUGGCAUGCCCCUCCAUGAAUCACUGGAACUAAGGCACUGUCCAGGUCAUUCAUGUACUGAGCAGGCAGUGGCUGCCCAUUGCUCCCAGCCUGGUAGCCAACCUAAAAAGUAGGUAAAGAGAAAAUAUUACUUUGUUUUGAAACUAGAGACAAAAGCAAUCCCUUAACAUGAUGGAAGAGGUUCUCGCCUAAUAAAAUUUUAUCCAUGGAAGAAUUCAGGAAAGCAGACCCACCCUGUGAUCUUGAAGCAACCCUUCAAGAUCACAUGGAACAUAAUCCAGAAUAGGCUUCAAUUUGGAGCUUUUCAAAUAAUCACCCUCAGAAGUUUAAAGAGGCUUUUUUCAGCUUUCUGAAAUACAACAGACAUAAAAACAAGUGCAAAAGGAGGUCCUUUCCAACUCAAAAAGUGGAAGUGAGGUCCAGGAAGAGCUUGUGUCACCUAACAAUUUGAAUAAGAAGAAUCAUUUUCAAGGAAUUAAUAGUACAGUAACCGCAAUCUGCAUGUUUUCACGUUAGGGUCGCAGCAAUUCUGUAAAAAAGUAUCUCCCCCCACCCCCAAAACAGGUUCUAGCUUAUUUAAUUA